UCCGUGGGCCGGUGCCCGGCGUUCCUCGCCCGCCAGGUCCGUCCUGCUUCCCAGUGCCUCGGGCCUCCCGGGGCUGGUGCUGGGCGCCGAGCCGGCAGAGCUGGCGGAACCGCUUCCUGCCUCCAGAGGGCAGCGGCCGCGGCCUAGUCCCUUCACGGGCAGCUCGGUGCCGUCGGCCCCACAGCUCUUACUAUCGCCGGGAGUGGCUGGCCGACCAGUGGGCGGCCGGGCCAGCCUCCGCCAUUCCCGUGUCUCUGCGCCCGCGGGGGCCGCCCGAGCCGGCCACCAUGCCGCUGGGCCUGAAGCCCACCUGCAGCGUCUGCAAGACCACGUCGUCCUCCAUGUGGAAGAAGGGCGCUCAGGGGGAGAUCCUCUGUCAUCACUGCACUGGCCGGGGCGGCGCGGGCGGCGGGGCUGCCGGCUCGGGGGCGGCCGGAGGGACUGGGGGCAGCAGCGGCGGCGGCGGCUUCGGCGCGGCGAACUUUGCCAGCACCUCCACCGCCCCUCCGCAGAGCAACGGGGGCGGGGGCGGCAAGCAGAGUAAGCAGGAAAUUCACAGGAGGUCUGCUCGGCUCAGAAACACUAAAUACAAAUCUGCUCCGGCUGCUGAAAAGAAAGUUUCCACCAAAGGAAAAGGGAGAAGACAUAUAUUUAAAUUGAAAAAUCCCAUCAAAGCUCCUGAGUCAGUUUCCACCAUAAUCACUGCAGAAUCAAUCUUCUACAAGGGAGUAUAUUAUCAAAUUGGUGACGUUGUUUCUGUGAUUGAUGAACAAGAUGGAAAGCCCUACUAUGCUCAGAUCAGAGGCUUUAUCCAGGACCAGUAUUGCGAGAAGAGUGCAGCACUGACGUGGCUCAUUCCCACCCUCUCCAGCCCCAGAGACCAAUUCGAUCCUGCCUCCUAUAUCAUAGGGCCAGAGGAAGAUCUUCCAAGGAAGAUGGAAUACUUGGAAUUUGUUUGUCAUGCACCUUCUGAGUAUUUCAAGUCACGGUCAUCACCAUUUCCCACAGUUCCCACCAGACCAGAAAAGGGCUACAUAUGGACUCAUGUUGGGCCUACUCCUGCAAUAACGAUUAAGGAAACAGUUGCCAACCAUUUGUAGUUCACAGAUUAAAACUGGAUUUCCAGGCUU